AUGGCCGCAACUGACCCCAAGUGGAAGACCACUGCUCUUCUUGUCAUUGACAUGCAGAAUGAUUUUAUACUACCAGGUGGCCCGAUGCAUGUGAUGGGUGGCCAAGAUAUUGUGCCUAAUGUUAUAAAGGCUGUUGAGAUUGCUAGAAGCCGUGGCAUUCCCAUUAUAUGGGUUGUUCGUGAGCACGAUCCUUUGGGCAGAGAUGUUGAAUUGUUUCGUCGGCACUUGUAUUCUGCUGGAAAACCAAAACCAACUUCUAAGGGUAAUGUGGGUGCAGAAUUGGUUGGUGGGCUAGUAAUCAAAGAUGACGACUACAAGCUGGUCAAGACACGGUUUAGUGCAUUUUUUAACACACACCUUCAUUUGUAUCUUCAGGGUGCAAGAAUUAGUAAUUUAGUCAUCACAGGUGUCCAAACUCCAAAUUGCAUCCGGCAGACGGUCUUUGAUGCAGUAGCAUUGGAUUAUCAGACUGUUACCGUCAUUUUUGAUGCCACUGCAGCUGCGACAUCCGACAUACAUCGUGGUAUGCAAUUUGUCAAUUAA